AUGUAUCUUAAGCUUUUAAAGGUUGUUACUGUAUCGUUUUUGAUUUUCACAAGUGACAUUGUUUGUGGUAAAAAGCUUGUUGGAGAAGAGAAGAAAAUCCUAGAAUAUAGUGAGGACAUUAUUAAGAGUGGUUGUGAUUUAAAAACAAGUUUAUCGUGUCGUGUUCGUGAUGAAAUGCAUGGAGUAGGGCAUGUUAGAGAUUACAUUAAAGAUGAGGUCCUCAAUAAGUUGCAAGGAAAGGGCCAAGGUAAAGGGGAAGCAAUGUUAAAACGAAGUAUAACAAUAAAUAUGGAUGAUGAUGGUCAAUCGACGAAUGGAGUUGCGAUCAAAUAA